AUGUGGACGUCGCUACCAGUGCUCUCGUUUCUGUCUGUUUUGUUCUUGUAUGGAUGCAAGUGCGCUUCGGGGUUCGCCUGUCCGAGGAUCUGCCGCUGUUUCUCCAACACAAUCAGAUGUAACAAUGUGACAGAAGGGUCAGUUCAGACGACGGGCCACAGAGAUAAAAGACUGUUUCUCUAUCACUUGUCAUUGCAAACAAUUUCCAGCCAUUCUUUCGAGAGUUUGAAAAGAGUCCAGAGGAUUGAGAUUGCUCAGAGUGUAACCCUGGAAACCAUUGAGGCAUUAGCUUUUAAUAACCUUCUCAACCUCUCUGAAAUCUCAAUCCAGAACACCAGGAGUCUGAUGCAUAUUGCCAGAAGGACAUUUACCAACCUUCCAAAACUACAUUACUUGAGCAUCUCAAAUACUGGGAUAACAGUUUUUCCUGACAUUACAUCCAUCAAUUCUCUUGAAUCAGAGUUUAUCCUGGAUAUCUGUGACAACCUGUACCUACUGGAAAUACCUCCAAAUGCUUUCACUGGAAUGACAAAAGAAUACAUCACAAUGAACCUGUACAACAACGGCAUCAGAGAAAUACACGACCAUGCCUUCAACGGGUCAAAGAUAGAUAAGCUGGUAUUAAAGAAUAAUCGAAACCUCAGAGUGAUCCACAGAGAUGCUUUCAAAGGAGCCACGGGCCCUGGGGUCUUGGAUGUGUCUGCGACAGCUCUCGCAAUGUUACCACCGCAGGGACUGGAGUCAGUUUUGGUGCUGUUCGCUCAGUCAGCGUACGCCUUAAAGAGCCUGCCUCCUCUGCAGGGACUGUGGAGCCUGAGAGAGGCCCAUCUCACCUACAACAGUCACUGCUGUGCACUGCUGAGCUGGAACACCCACAGGGACUUUCCUGUUAAUCCUGCAUGGAAUAAUGGCUCUUCUUACUGUGAUAAGGGUGACCCAUCAGCAAGGGUUCAGCAGGUGAUUGGAGGCUCAACAGACACAACUCUCGUCAUGGAUGUUCCAGUUUUCUCAAACGCUGAUCUGUUCAUGGAGGAUGAAAACUUUGGAAACUUGAAUUUUCACUACCCAGAACUGGACUUCUGUCAGACCCAACCGACUCUGGUUUGUACUCCUGAAGCUGAUGCCUUUAAUCCCUGUGAGGACAUUGCGGGCUUCAGCUUUCUCAGAGUUGCCAUUUGGUUCAUCAACAUCCUGGCCAUCACAGGUAACCUGACGGUGCUCCUGGUCUUCUUCACCAGCCGUACCAAGCUGACGGUGCCUCGCUUCCUCAUGUGUCACCUGGCAUUUGCAGACCUUUGCAUUGGGAUCUACCUUCUGAUGAUAGCCACGGUAGACCUGCGCACACAUGGUCACUACAGUCAGCAUGCUAUUGAAUGGCAGACUGGGCCUGGCUGUAGUGCUGCAGGCUUCUUGUCUGUGUUUGGUGGCGAGCUGUCAGUCUACACGCUUUGCAGCAUCACCCUGGAGCGCUGGCAUACCAUCGCCAACGCUCUGCAGGUAGAGCGUCGUCUGGUUCUCACUCAGGCAGCGAGUAUAAUGGCAGUUGGAUGGCUCAUCUGUCUGGGGUUGGGGAUGCUGCCCCUGGUUGGCGUGAGCAGUUACUCCAAAGUCAGCAUGUGCUUACCCAUGGACAUAGAAACACCUUUGGCUCAGGCCUUCAUCAUAAUCAUCCUGCUCUUCAACGUGGCUGCCUUCAUUGUCGUGUGUGUUUGUUAUGUGCUGAUCUAUCUGGCUGUGAAGAACCCUGAGAUCCCUGGAAGAAGUGCUGACACCAAGACUGCCAAGCGCAUGGCCGUGCUCAUCUUCACUGAUUUCCUCUGCAUGGCCCCCAUCUCCUUCUUUGCCAUCUCGGCUGCGUUCAAGGUUCCCCUCAUCACGGUCACCAACUCCAAGAUCCUGCUGGUCCUCUUCUUCCCCAUCAACUCCUGUGCCAAUCCCUUUCUCUACGCUAUCUUCACCAAGGCUUUCAGGAAGGACGUGUAUCAGCUCAUGAGUGCAAUGGGCUGCUGUAAAAACAAGGCCAAUGUUUAUCGUAUGAAGGCCUACUGCUGUGAGGAUACAAUCAAGAAAAACUCUGGACCCAAUAAUAAAGCAUCCCGCACAGGAACAAGGCUUGAUGACAUGCCACAGCACAGCCAUCACCUAAAAGAGGAGGGGGAGCUCACCUGA